AUGCAGAGAAUAUUUUAUUUCCCAAAGCUCGGUGAGGCUCAGCAUUAUACAGUUGUGCACUGGAAUUUCCUAGCUCUUAGUAGCUUCCUUGAGAACUACUUCCGCUGGUUCAACCAGGCGUGUAUGAAAUCCGUCAUCGAUGGGUUUAUCGAUACUUUUAUCAUUGGGGCAAGAGCCUCCACAGUUGGCUAUCUGGAAUGCUAUAUCAUUCUACGACGGCUCAGUAUGCAACACAAACAAAUCGGGAUGGAUGAGAAGUAA